GGCGGCUGGAGGAGAGAGACCUGGAGAGGGAGGCGUUGAGGAGGGGCAAGAUUGACCUGGAGGAGCAGAAGAGGCUGCUGGACCGAGCCCUGGAGAAGAUUAACAAAGAGAUGGAGAUAAUGAUGGGAGAUUCCCGUCAGUCGGUGGCUGCCCUGCAAACACAACUUGAAGACUACAGGGAGCGCUCAAGGAAGGACCUGCUGGAAGCCCAGCGCAACAGCAAGGACAGGCUGGCUGAGCUGCAGAGGGCUCAGAGCAACCUCAAGGCACAGCAGGAAGAAGUUUCCCGUCUGAAGAAGGAGCUGCUGCUGUGCAGCGAGGAGAGAGACAGCGCCCAGCUAGAGAGAGACCUCCUUAACAACCGACUCAAACAUUUGGAGAGUGAACUAGAAUCAGAGAAGAGCACCCACACUGACCGCACCAGGGAGAUAAGGGGGCUAGAGGAUAAAAUUAAAACUAUGGAAAUCGAACUGGAUGAGGAGAGGAGCAACGUGGAGCUUCUGAAUGACCGCAUCACACGUAGCAGAGAUCAGGUGGACCAGCUUCGCUCAGAGCUGCUGCAGGAGCGUUCGGCUAGACACGACCUGGAAAUGGACAAGAGCGCACUUGAGAGACAGUUGAAGGAGUUGAAGUCCCGCGUGGCGGACAUGGAGGGACAGACGAGAGGGCCCUCGCCUGGACUCAGCCUGCUGGAAAACAAAAUUCAAGAGUUGGAGGAGAGACUGCGCAGUGAAGAAAGAGAGAAGGCCGGCAUACAUGCCUCUCAGAGACGAAUGGAGAGGAAAUUGAAAGAGCUAAACGCCACAUUAGACCAGGAGAGAAGCCAGCAUGUUGAGCAGAGAGAUCAGCUGUCCCUGCGUGUGAAGGCGUUGAAGCGGCAGGUGGACGAAAGCGAGGGAGAGGUGGAGCGCUUGGAGGGAGUGCGUCGGAAGGUUCUUAGGGACUUGGAGGAACAGCAGGAGCUCCAGGAAACAAUGCAUGCCAAAGUCACAGCCCUGGAAACUGAACUAAAGCGGAAGUCAAAGCACACGCAUCUUGCAGCUCUGGGCUCCUCCACUUUAAGCUCUGAGGACGAGGACGGUUUCAAUGACGCGAACAUCACCUCCAUCCUGAACGAGAGCCACCUACAGACCACCAACUGCUAAAGGAAGAUGAAAAGUUUUUUUCCAGAGAGGCACUCAGGGCAUCAAGGACUCGCUUGUGUGAAGAACUCAGUUGCCAUGCACUACAUUCUUGCCUUGCAGUUGUUUAUUUUUAGUAGCAGUCCAACAGAGACAGGUUGUCAGGAUAAUUAGAUUGCAUUUGUUGAGCAUUCAGCUGUGGUUAUGAUUGCUUCCCCGUUUUAUCUGUCUUGAGAUCUUUUCUGUGUCUCUGUUAUGUCAAAGAGAAGAAUUACAGUUAUACUUAGAAAUACAAGGUUGUACUUCAUGUACUUGAAUCUUUUCAAAAAGGCGUGUUCUUUGUAUUGACUAUAUUUACUGUACGCUGCUGUGGUAGUGCAUUAUUGAGGCAUGGUUUACUUUCAGAGGUCGUACAGUAGACUUGCAAAUUCAAAAUAAUGUUAAACCAAAAAUAACCUUAUAAAACUUUUUUUUUUAUAUCUGUGUUCGCUUGCGCAUGAUAAGUUGCAUUUGUCAGUGUUGUUAGCAGCUCAAAGUAUUGCUUUGUGUAUUUCAAGUGAUAUUAUGUUUUGUUUACCUUUUGAAUGUCACAAUGAUGGGCCAUUCAAACUGAGCCUAUAUUUUUACACUAUUAGCUGUACAUACAUACCUGUUACUCAAGACAAUCAAAUAUACCUACAGUAGCACUGUGUAUCCUCAGAGAUGAAUCCUCUCCCUGUAGACUUUUCUACUUUAACCAUCAUACUUUUGACGUGGUUUAAUAUAUUGCUAAGCUUCAUUCAUGUGCAUGUUUUCACUCAAAUGCCUUAAAAUGUAGCUUUAUAUCUUUAUUUUCUUCAUGUUGUCUCUGCAUGUGUUCUUUUUAUAUGCUGCUGCUGCUGUAAUGGUUUAACAGUACUUAAUAUACUUGCCUGCGUUUACGUUCCCUGUACAUUAAUAUUGAAAGAAUCAUUAUCUUAGAUUUGGAAGUGUUUCUUUUUGUUGCACCCGGCUGUGAUGAAUGUUAAUUGUAAUCUUCAGAUUACAUUUUAAUGGUGUUAUUACAUUUUAAACAGAAACUUUUACAAUUUGUAUUGGGCAAUUACAAGCAAGGAUGCUAUUAAAGCUGCUGGUACCAUUUGUGACGGACAUUUUAAGUACAUUGGACAGUGUGUACAAUAAAAAAGAGGUUAAUUGUAUA